AUGGCUGGCUAUUCUCUGGUUGAAUCGAAUUCUUUCGGGGCUGAAAACUGGUGUCUAAAGUUACAACCUAGUUAUAAACAUGGGCUUUUAACUGGUUUAAGUAACGGUGAAAUACAUUUACUAGACUGGACUACUGGUAAAUCAUCGCAAAAGAUUAAAGCGAGCGAAACUGCAAUUAAUGAUAUGAAGGUGAUCGGUAGCGACUUCGCUGCUGGGCAUCUAGUUAGUAGCGCCUCUAUCGACGCGGUGAAAGUUUUCGACAUAAGGACAAAUAGUCGCAUCGCUAAAAUUCAAAACGAGGCCAACUCUCCCUUUAUUUCUCUGGAUUCUCGUCAUGGUCUACUGGCCUGUGGUACCGAAUUGCAGGGAAUUGAUGCUGCUGUGCACAUAUAUGAUAUUCGCAAAUGGGAUACUCCAUUGAGGUCACUAAUUGACUCUCACCAUGAUGACAUUACUUGUAUUAAGUUUCAUCCUUCUGAUGUGAAUGUUCUGCUUAGCGGUUCAACUGAUGGUUAUACUAACAUUUAUGAUUUAAAACAAGAUGAGGAGGAAGACGCUUUACACCAAGUUAUCAACUACGCGUCAAUACAUUCUUGUGGAUGGUUGUCCCCAAAGAGAGUAUAUACACUAUCGCACAUGGAAACAUUUGCAAUUCACGAAUUGAACGAUAAAUCUGAUGAAUUGAAAGAGCCACAACCCUUGGAUUUUGGUGAUAUAAGAGAAGCAUGGAAUUGUGAUUACGUGGUAGAUGUUUAUCCGGGGCUUAUUGCAACUGGUAAGACCCAAGAAAGCUCUGGAGAGCUGCGUCUCCUACCAUUUAAUGAUGAAAAAAUAAAUAAUGAAAACUGUAUUGUCAUCCCACACGCCCAUGGAGAUGAAGUAGUGAGAGACAUUUUUAUACCAGCACAACAUAGCGAUAUGUUAUACUCUUGUGGUGAGGAUGGUUGCGUUAAAAUUUGGAAGAGCAAUCAGGGGCCAUUGAAUACUCCAGAAAAUUUCUGGGAUUACUCUAAAAAAAUGAAUGUCUUGGGAGAAGACGAUAGAGAAGCUUCGGUUAAUUUAGAAGAACCUUUGAUUAUUCAAAGAGAAUCAGUGUCCACGAGACCAAGAAAGGAGAAACACAAGAAAGCCAAGAAGCAUUCCGUGAAAAGUCGUUUCAAACCAUACUAG